GGCAAAUUCAUUACUGACCAGAGAGAACAAUACCAUGAGUGGAGAAUGAUGCGAAGAUUGGUACAUCAAGAAGUUGCAAAAGAAAAUGGUGUCCAUUUGGUCGGCGCUUACCUUGUGAUAUCUAUUGGCAUGGAGUAUCGUUUCAUGAUAACGAUAUAUUCUCAGGUCAAGUCAACAAGCUUCCAGGUAUGACAGAAAUGGUGCGUAAAAUUACCCUGAGCCGGGCAGUGCGAACAAUGCAGGAUCUGUUUCCUGAAGAGUACAACUUCUAUCCCCGCUCCUGGAUUCUGCCAGAAGAGUUUCCCCUCUUUGUUGCUGAGGUUCGCAUGAUGAAAGAAAAUGACCCAGCUUGGAAGCCCACGUUCAUUGUGAAACCUGACGGAGGAUGUCAAGGGGAUGGAAUCUACCUCAUUAAAGAUCCCAGUGACAUUAGAUUGGCUGGAAACCUACAGAGCAGGCCAGCUGUUGUCCAGGAAUACAUCUGUAAACCACUGCUGAUUGACAAGCUGAAAUUUGAUAUCCGUCUCUAUGUGUUACUGAAAUCUUUAGAACCUUUAGAAAUUUACAUAGCCAAAGACGGACUCUCUAGAUUUUGUACAGAGCCCUAUCAAGAACCUACCCUAAAAAAUUUGCACCAGGUAUUUAUGCACUUAACAAACUAUUCGCUGAAUAUUCACAGUGGGAACUUCAUCCAUUCAGACAGUGUAAACACUGGCAGCAAAAGGACUUUUUCAAGCAUCCUCUACAGAUUGUCUUCCAAAGGGGUUGACAUCAAGAAAGUGUGGUCAGAUAUCAUUUCACUGGUGAUUAAAACGAUUGUUGCACUGACUCCAGAACUGAAAGUUUAUUACCAGUCUGAUAUACCAACAGGAAAACCUGGGCCAACUUGCUUCCAGAUUUUAGGGUUUGACAUUCUCCUAAUGAAAAACUUGAAGCCUAUGUUACUCGAAGUAAAUGCAAACCCCAGCAUGAGAAUAGAACAUGAACAAGAGCUUUCUCCAGGGGUGUUUGAAAAUGUUCCAAGCCCUGUUGAUGAGGAAGUGAAAGUAGCUGUGAUCAGAGAUACUCUUCGUCUAAUGGAUCCAUACAAAAAGAAGAAAAAAGAUAACCUAUCUCAACCUUCUGAACCUGCAUCGGAAAAGAAAGAACAGCUAUCGGAAGGAGGAUCAACAGACAAAUUGGAGCAUGAUAGCAGCAAAAAUCCAGAAGCCAGCUUGCCUUCCCCUUGUCUUAAGCAAGUGUUUCCGAAGUAUGCCAAGCAGUUCAACUACCUGCGACUGGUGGAGAGGGUAGCUGCCUUGUUCAUCCGCUUCCUGGGAGUGAAGGGGACGACGAGGUUGGGGCCAACAGGUUUCCGAACGUUUGUAAGGAACUGUAAGCUGAGUAACAGCAACUUCUCCAUGGCCACAGUCGAUAUUCUCUACAUUGAUAUCACAAGAAGGUGGAACAGCAUGGGGAUGGACCACAAAGAAUCAGGGAUGUGCUUGCAAGCCUUUGUGGAAGCUUUCUUUUGCCUGGCUCAAAAAAGAUACAAGUCACUCCCAUUACGCGAGCAGGUGGCCACACUGAUUGAUUUCUGCGAAUACCAGCUCGUCACCCUGGAUGAAAAGCGCCUCGUUUGCAGCCGAGGAAUAACGGAGCGGCGACCGGCACUCAUCACCUGCCAGCCAGAUGGACUUCACCUCACCCCCGCUCAUCACGCACCUCUCCUCAACCGCACGGCCGCCACCAAUAAACUUGCAGAUUAUAGGAGUCACCGGUUGUGAGGGAGCCGCUCCGUCGAGUUGCAAACGAACGUCAGGGCGAGAAACAGAUCCCUGUAUGCGUGUGCUGCAGGAGGCGAAACACGGGUUCCUGGGUUCUUCCUUCUGCUCAUCAUGAUUAUUUAUUGCAGCUUUCCCUGAUUUAUGCUUUUCGGAAAGGAUGGCUGCAAGCUCCCCUUUCCUGGUAAUGACCCUCACCAGCAAUGGCCAUUAUUUAUUAUUUCCCCAGUGAGCAUACAAUAUAGCUGAGAUGACAUACUGCACCUUUUAUUCUGAGUUUAUGGGAAAUCAUUUAUGAAGACAAAGGGGCAAAGAGAUAAUGCUACAGUAACCAGCAUCAUGGGAUUGAUAGCACGGACUGGGAGGCACAGCCUCGUCAACGGCAUUUCACCUUCACUCACGUCCAGGAGAAGCCACUCUUUGAGACCAGAACAACACACUUUGGAGUUACAACGCGUGCCGUUGUGAAACCAAGUGGGGAGGUGUAAACUGUCAAAUUGUGUGUGUUGGAAAACCCAGAGCUCAAAUUAUGCAUUUAAUCAAAUUUUAGGCUCUGCUUCUAUGUUGUGUGGAUUUCACUUGAAUUCUUGUUCAUGCAGGUAUUGAUUUUUCUUUUUUGGUACGUGGCAGGGCAGGCCAGCAAUUACACUGGAGAGAAAUGUAUUUAUUUGAAAGUUAAUUUUAAAACACAGAAGCCCUAAAUACUUUAGGGUCUUUUUACACAACUUUUGUCACCCCCACUGCUGUUUUACUUAAAGGCAAGUGGUUUCAAGGGACCCGGUGCUGCUCACCCUCGCAUGGAAACAGCCCCGUGCUGAUUUGAAUGUGCUGACAUCAGCAGUGCUGAGCGCACACCUUGCAGAGAGAGCGGUGCAGGUGCACACCUUCCCUUUCCUUGACUCAAGGGGUGUCUGUGUCAGGCCGCUGGUGAGUAAAGAUGGGCUGGAUCAGACUCCAAGCUGCUGGGUUUGCUCUUUGCAGCUGGCAGUGGUUUAGGACCUUUCCAGUAACAUUUCCCAUUUGCACAGGCCCCACUCACAUGCAUGGAGAUAGUGUAAUUUGCUCUCUAAUUUUUGGGGUCUCAUCCCUUGGCAUGAACAUUGGGGCGCUCUGCUGAAAGCCUCAAUGGUCACAGGCAAGGAGGUCUCAGGACUGAGAAACACAGCACCAGUAGAUCCCCUGGCACUUGGCGCCUGGCUUUCCCACCAGGGAUCUUGCGGGGUUAAGCCCAGAGCUCCUGAUGCGGAUGUAAGUGAAGUCAGUGGAAAAUUUCCAUUCAUUUCAGAGGGCUUUAGAUCAUGUCCUUUCUGAGGCCUUUUUCUCAAUAUUAUGGCAGACCUUUACUUAAUUAAGUUGGCUGAAGACCUCUAGAGCGGCAUCUCUCAACCCGUGGGUCAUGACCCAAAAGUGGGUUGCAAGAAUAUAUGAAAGGGUCACGAACAAACUUUAAAAAUGGAUUCUCCUUUAAAGGAGGAAAACAUGGGGAACUGUUUUUUCCCUUGCAGGCAGGCAGAGUUUCAGCCUGUGAGGGGCUGCUUGGGGCUCUCCCAUGCCCCACGCAUUGUGGGGCUGGAGCAUGGGGACAUGGGGCAACAGGUCGGGAGUGAGGGGCACGGGGUUGGGACUGGCCACUGAUGUUUAUUAAAACAAAAAAAAAAUGGUUGAGAACCGCUGCUCUAGAGCAGAUCCCCAACUGGUGUCAAGUGAUCCAGCUCCAACGGGGAGCUUUCCAGGAGUAAGGAAAAGUUAAUCCCCCACUUGGCCCCUUGGGGCAAGAGAAACUAAUGCAGUUCUUCCUUGCAGCAUAGUACUUUAUUCAUUGCAUGUGCGCUGGUUCUCCACUUCACUUCCUGUUACCUCAUAGCUGGGCAUUGCAGAUAAGGACAGCAUCGCUUUUAAAUCUUUAUAUUAAUAAAUAUUUAAUGGCCACUAUAUGGCUCUUCCUUCAGAGCCUGUUUUGGCCAGCAUUCAGCAAUGUAAUUAAUAUUCUUUCCCAGUGCUGCACUGAACAGUGCAGGGUUACUUUUUCAAGUGUCAGGUACUGUAACUAAUGGAUUUAACGGUGAGAGGCUAAACUAAUUGCUUUUUUGGGGGUUUUGCUAUCACAUUUGAACCAAGAGGAGAACUUAGAGCUGAAUCCGCAUCUCUGUAACAGUGCGGGCUGUCCCUUUAAGGGGGAACAGCCCGUCCUUGGCUAAGAGGGGAGUUAGAAAAGAGAAAGCAAGUGAAAGAAGCAGGCUCUGAAGGGAAGAGCUUGUGCAAGGACAAGCCAGGAUGCUGUGUUGGGGCUAGAGCAAAAAGGGACUCUUCUCCUUGUGUCCGGGAGAGGACAGAGGAUUUGGUUUUGUUAUUAGCUUGCUGAAUUUGCUUUGGAGAACUUGCUGAGGAGCUCAUAAGGGAGCAAAUUCUCCUGCAGAAGCCAGCAGGAUAAAUGCCCUGCUUCC